AUGGAAAGUGGUGACCGCGGAGGCGAAAAUUUCGAACGUAGAAACGGCUACAACAGAAGAUAUUGUUGCGUUGUUCACUGCUCCAACCGCGAAGGGGAUCUAAGCAAAGAAACUGGUGACUAUCUGACAUUUCACCGCUUUCCGGGACGGAAAAAGGAGACCGAACGCCGCCAGCGCUGGAUCACCGCUGUUCGCCGCACACGGCAAGAUGGACAACGGUGGCUGCCGACCAGCAACACCCGGAUAUGCUCAAAUCAUUUUGUCGGUGGUGCAAAGGCUGACGAUGAGGAGAGCCCAUCCUACGUACCGACAAUAUUUCCAGAAGCAUAUCGGAAACCUGCAAAAGACAACCUUGCCAAGACUGCAAGAUAUGCGAGGGUAAUGAAAAGGCGGAACAGAUCAGUGCUACAGGGAAGUUACCGUCACGCUCAUGCAACGACAUCAGUCAGGCAACCUCUACAAGGGUCCCUGGAAAAUUACGUGGAUGACUUCAGCCAACCUCAGGAGGACUGGUCUGGGCUGUCUGACCUCUCUCUGCUCGAAUUCGAGUGCGCAGAUGACACUGCGGCAAACGUCCAUCACAUAGAUGCCGCCAUGGACGGUGCUGCACAGACAGACUCUAGCACCCAGACGGAAGAUGCAGACAAUGCAGAUUGUCACUUCUCUGUUCUCUUCGCAUUCAUUGGGCAAGGCUGUGCACAAACGCAGGUAGUCCAUCCCGUUAGAGUCAGCAAGCACACACAAGACACCCCAUCAGCGUCGGCAGAGCCAAUUCCAGGAGAACGAGCUUGUGUGUUCAGUGGUUACAAUUCCAUAAAGCAUGACCCUGAUAUCCUUGAAGACCUCACAAGUGUGCAGCCCAAUGUGUUUGCUUUGUUACUGAGCCUUCUCUCUGUGCUAAGGGUCCGCAGCUGUGAUAUUACAAUGGAGAAUGCGUUGUUACUUUUUUUAAUGAAGAUGAAGAUGGGCAUCUCCUUCACUGCUCUGGCAGCACUGUUCGCUGUGCACAGGAGCACUGCAUCAAGAAUAUUUUAUAGAGUGUUGGAAGUGUUGACCACGUCAACCAAGGGUUGGAUUUAUACACCGCCACCUGAUGUCCGGCAAGCUAUGAUGCCAGAAUGCUUCAAGCUACAUUAUCCAAAGUGUAAAUAUAUAAUAGACUGUACGGAGAUAAAGACAGAAACCCCAGUAACGGUAGAACAACAACGUGCCUUGUUUUCAAGGUACAAAGGGACAUUUACCUUGAAGUUUCUAGUAGGGAUUGUGCCUAGUGGUCAAAUCGCAUUUGUGUCUCAUGCAUAUGGGGGCCGCACAAGUGAUUCUGAGGUAACUGUUCAUUCAAAAUUUUUAGACCUCGUAGAGCAUGGUGACCUUGUCCUAAGUGAUAAGGGAUUCCCCUCCAUCCGCUCAACUGUUGAGGGAAAGAAUGCGAUCCUUGUCAUGCCGCCAUUUGCCUCAGGCAACUUGCAGUUCUCAAAAGAGGAGGUGGAGGAUACCUAUUGCAUUGCAAGUGUUCGUAUCCAUGUUGAGAGAGCAAUUCAGAGAAUCAAGGUGUAUAACAUCCUGAAUAACAGAGUGCCCGUAUCAUUGAUACCAAGCAUGUCUGACAUUUUCCACAUUUGCUGUGUGCUUGCGAACUUCCAGCCACCCAUAAUCAGGAAGUGAUGCCAGAAGUAAAUGGGAAAUUUGUAGAGUAUGUGCCGUAUGUAUGUGAUGCAUCCUCCUGUAUAAUAUUUCUUGUAUAUAUUAAAUAUUUGUGUUUUGUGUU